GCAGCCAUCAUAGUGUUCACUAUUGUGUGCGGCUGAGGGAAGAAGAAAAAGAGAGGAGGGUGCACAAAGGGGGGGAAAGAAAACCUGUCCCUUUGUGUGGGAAAGACUCAGCAGGAAAGUGAUUUGGUGACUAUUUGAGUUUGCCGGCGAAGCAAGGCUCUUCCCCCCGACCCGCACAUUCUUUUGUCAACUCUGCGUGCCUCGACUGCCUUAAACCAGAGUCAAAUAUAUUGCGAUUCUCCGGCCGGCAAACAGCGACACCCCGGCUAUUCCUGAUGAUGAGCGCAAGCGUCAGACUGGUUUGCAUGAAUAUUGAUGUGGAGGAUAGUCUGUUUCAUAGAAGAACAGAAGGAAGCAAGAUGGCUGCCCUUUAGGAUUUGUAAAAGAGGAGAUCCAGACGGUUUGUUGGAAUUUCUACAAAGUGGAGGGACGCAAAAGAAGGACGCAUCGAGGGCAGCCUGUGAAUGGACUCUAAGCAGGCCAGAUGGAAACAGACCAGACCAGACAUGAGACGGAAGAAAGUCUGACAUUAAAACAAUUUGGGACAUCCCGCAACAUCUCCAACAAACUGCAGAAUGGAGGGUCAUUUUCAGAAGGAGACUCUCUGCAAGUCACUGAUACAAACUGGAAGAAUUACAAGCCCAGCACAGUUUCCAACUCCAUGAAGAGGCCAAACGAAAAUUGCAACGACUCUGAAUCAGUACAAGGGCUGCUGGAUCAUGGAUCGUUUAUGAUGAAUGGAGAGUUGAUGAAUGGAGAUUUUAAGCUGUCUGAACAGCCAUUACAGCCAAGCCAGCUCAAGAAAUUUAAAGUAGAUUCAGAGAUUUCUGAACUAAAAAACAAAUCAGAUUUUCAUUGCAAUGCUCAGACAGAGAUAAAAUUAGGAAACAGGAACUGUAGAAUUCUUAAUGGAGAUGUUUUCCCUCUGCCAAGAAAUAAACAUGUCUCCAUUCCCAAUGGUGCUGUAUUAACCACAUCUACAAUAGAAAGCACACCAGGUGAUCUUUUAGAGAAAACUUUGUCUCAAUAUUAUCCUGAACAGGUGUCAAUUGCACCACAGAGAUGUGGUCUACAAGAUGCUAUGAAUAGUUCUCUCACAAAUAAGCUGCCUGGUGAAGAUGUUAUAUCUCCUGCUUUGACCUUAGAGUUUCCAAAUUCAGCUCAGAUGCUUGACUCACAACCACAGAAACUUGGGGCAUCUGGUCCUGUCGAGGGAAGCAACAAUUACAGUUCUGUGAACUCUAUAGUAAAUGGGUAUGCUAACAAUCAUGAAACAGAUUACCAGCAGAAAAAACAAGGACAUCAUCAGCUGUCACCAUCUAACCACCAACAAUCUCAUCAUCAGCUCCCUGGUAUAGUCCCACCAUCAAAUGUUGCCAACUCCCUGCAACAACAUAAAAAUGGCCCAGGGUGCUUUCCAAACAACACAAAUCCCCAACAUACAUAUGAGAAUGCCAACCACAAUUUUAACCACAAGGAGCCUAAUACCCACCUCCAGGCAACUGAGGCAGUAUUGGCCAAAUACGGACAAUCGACAAACUCUGGCAUACAGAACAUGGUACGAUAUGAGGAACCUGCGUCUGGUCAUGCUCAGCAGUUUGGGAUUCAACCCAAGAAUUUUCAGCGGACUCCUGGAAACUUACAUGGAGCAGACAACACAGGCAUGAUGAGACCCAUUAUACAGGAGCCAAAUCAGGCUGGAUUAGAAAAUGGUCUGGAUAACACAACCCAGCGGUCAGGACACUUGAUGUGUCCAACUCCCCAUCAGGGAAACUGGAUAGAACAGAACCCUUCACAGCAACAAACAUGUCUGUCAUCGUCGGCAGAGCAGAAAAACACGGAUUUCUCUGCCAAGCCUCUGCCAGAGCAGCUGAAAGCUGGUCUCCAGGUUCAUAGUCAGAUUUUGGAGGAAAACCAUGUACAAAGGUUUGAGUCACCUGGAAUGUUCAAAGAAACCAUUCAGGGGUCUAACAGCAUACAGCAGCAGCAACUCAUCGUCCAAACACACUGUGCUUCAGCCCAGAUCAACAACGGUCCUGAGUGGCGGCAAAGAAGUUCCAAGGUGUCUUUAGUGCAACAGCCUCAAACCCACAUAAAGCACAAUCAACAGAUUUUGCUCCAAAGCCAGCAGGCUGGACAUUUCCAUACCCCCGUGCAGUCAGAGCACUUAUGUGAAAACCCUGAAAUGCAGAAUGCAUUGUCACCUGAGCUUUUCACAGCACAGCAACAGAAGCACUGUAAUCUUCCACGCCCACUGUCCCACCCACCACAAUUUGAAGAACAGCAACUUAAGUCUCCCAUUUACCGUCCUCACAGUCAGCCUCAGCCAACCCAAGUACAAGUUAACCAGCAACAUAGAAACAACCCUGCCCAACCCAACAACCACUUCAGCUACAAUAACACAACAGACGUCCAUCUACAACAUCAAAGACCAAAUUCUCCCAACUCAAGCAGCAGUGAUUCCAGGCAGUUUCAUCAGAGACCGAAAAGCUGUCAUCCACCCAACCAUAUGGACUUCCCACAGACUUCUACAUGCUCACAACCCUAUUCGCUGCAUGUUUCAUUAAGCCAACAGACAUCGACACGUAUGUAUGCUAAAGCUGAACACCAGCUAAACCCAUGUUCCCAGUUCCAAAGUGGAUCUCAGCUUCCUUUGGCAUCUGCCCUUCCCCUACCAGAUAUUCAAAAACAUGCAGCCCUGCGUAAUCAUCUGUUACAAAGGCAAGAGAGACAAGUCCCUCUUCAUUCCGCUCACAAACAUGGCCUGAAAAAUGUAAAAAUGGAAAAUGGACCCAAAUUUCACUUGCCUGGCUUACAGCAGCAAGUGAGUGGAUUGCACAUCAAGCAGGAGAAACAACAAUCCUUAUGUGAAAAUAGUACAAAGCAAGACAGCAUCCUGGCCUCCAUGGAACAUAGUCUGAAACAGUACCAACUUUCCCCAGUGUUUGAGAAGAAAUCUUUUGUCAUUAAUUCAAAUAAAGUCAAGGUAGAAUCUUCCGGGCCAGUCACAAUCCUGUCAACCAACACCGACAUGUGUAAAGUUGAAGCAUCUGGAGCUGCCACCUCCUCUCCAGCUUUUAAAAAAACGAUCGACUCCACACCCAAAAAGGAACAACUCCUACAGAGAUUUAUGGAUUCCCCAGUGAAGCUGUUGGAUACCCCAAUAAAAAGUCUACUGGAUAUGCCAAUGAAAACACAGUAUGACAUUGCAUCAUGCCACUGUGUUGAGCAAAUCAGUGAAAAAGAUGAAGGCCCUUACUAUACACACCUGGGAUCAGCACCUACAGUUGCUGGUAUACGGGAGAUGAUGGAAAAAAGGUCUGGUUUCAAUGGUCAAGCCAUCAGGAUAGAGAAAGUGGUGUACACAGGCAAGGAAGGCAAAAGUACACAGGGGUGCCCUAUCGCAAAAUGGGUGAUUCGCAGAGCCAGUGGAGAAGAAAAGUUACUUGUGUUGGUUCGAGAACGCAUUGGCCACAAAUGUGACACCGCCUGCAUAAUCGUGGCAAUCCUGGUCUGGGAAGGCAUCCAACCCAGCCUAGCUGACAAACUCUACCUCGAGCUAAGUGAUACUCUAACAAGGCAUGGAGCCCUCACCCAGAGACGAUGUGCUCUCAAUGAAGAGAGGACCUGUGCAUGUCAGGGGUUAAAUCCAGAUGCCUGUGGAGCAUCGUUCUCCUUUGGCUGCUCAUGGAGCAUGUACUACAACGGCUGCAAAUUUGCCAGGAGUAAAAUUCCAAGAAAAUUUAAAUUACUAGGCGAUGACGUGAGAGAGGAAGAAAGGUUAGAGCAAAACUUUCAGCAUCUGGCCACCUUACUGGGCCCCUUGUACAAAAAUAUGGCACCUGAAGCUUACGGAAACCAGGUGGAACAUGAACACAGAGCACCUGACUGUCGUCUGGGGCUAAGGGAGGGGCGUCCCUUUUCUGGAGUUACUGCCUGUCUGGACUUCUGUGCUCAUGCUCACAGAGACCUUCACAACAUGCAAGGAGGCAGCACUGUGGUGUGCACAUUAACAAGGGAGGAUAACAGAGAGAUUGGAAAGAUACCAGAGGAUGAGCAGCUCCACGUCUUGCCACUAUACAAGGCUUCCAACACAGAUGAAUUUGGAAGUGAGGAGGGUCAGCAGGAAAAAAUUAAGUCAGGUGCCAUCCAAGUCCUCAGUGCCUUCCGCCGCCAGGUGCGCAUGCUUGCAGAGCCCGCCAAGUCCUGUCGCCAAAAGAAGCUGGAUGCUAAGAAGGCAGCUGCUAUCAAGAAUGCCGUGAUGGACAACUCCCAUGACAAAGCAGAGAAAGUUACCCCAUCCAAGUCAAAAGCAGGUACUUCUGAAAACAUCAGUCAAAGCACUCAUAUGGCAGGGUUUAUUCCAGGUGCUAUGGGAGCCUCCCAAUAUCCAAGUCAACCAACACAUCCCUUUGGAACCCAUCCCCGGCAACUGCAGCAACAACAGCACGAAAACAUACUUACCUCUUAUCCUGGUGCAGCAAAUGCUGCCAAAUACCCCAGGUUCCCCAGCCACCCUGGAUCUUUUCCAAGCACUUCAAAGCCAGGGAGCAUAUUUCCGCCUCAAUCAUCAACACCAGCAAGCCCUUACCCUGCCCCAAUCCAUGCACCCACUUCAUACAUCGAUGGAUCUAAUCGUUCGUACCCUGGUUACCAAUGUAAUGGAGGAAUGCCUCUUGACAAUUACCAACCAUACUACGCUUCAAACCAAAAGCACCUGGACAUGUAUCAACAGCAACAACGACAAGCCUUUUACUCAGAACAGCAGUAUACAGUACAUCCGCGAUAUGAUGUUAAUUAUCCACCAAAUUUUGGUGAUCCAGGUUUACACGUCAAUGGUUAUAAUGCAUGCAGCAUGAGGUCAGUUCACCCGAUGACAGCUUUCAGCCCCUGUGGUCCUAACGGCGCCCCAGACCCACGUUUUAUUGACCCCCUCUCAAGAGCGCCCUCUGCCCAUGGAGGUCUUAACUACACUGCUGCUGGAUGCAACAGCAAUCAGUUUAGAAGAUCCCCAAAUCCAUAUUUCUCUCAAAGUUCCCAAAUGUUUCCCCCAGGCCAACAACCAUUCCAUAUGCAAAUUAAGCAAGAAAUAGGUCUUGCUAGCCCAAAGAUGCUUGGUGCUCAGUUAAGUGGUGUGUGUUUAAACCCUGAAACACAGACAGCACUGGGUAGCCCCAUGGUAUCAAGUAUUAAGCAUGAGCCUGGAACCCCUCAGACGCCCACAACCCCACAAAAGCCAGACAUGUGGUCAGACAAUGAGCACAAUUUCUUGGACCCUGACAUUGGCGGAGUGGCAGUGGCACCUACCCACGGCUCAGUCCUCAUUGAGUGUGCUAAACGAGAGCUCCACGCCACAACACCUCUUAAAAACCCAGACCGUCAUCACCCAACACGAAUCUCAUUGGUCUUUUACCAGCACAAAAACUUGAAUGAGGCAAAACAUGGACUGGCCCUGUGGGAAGCAAAGAUGGCAGAAAAGGCUCGAGAAAAGGAGGAGGAUGCAGAGAGAAACAGUGGUGAGGGGACACCAAGCAAGGGCCACAAGAAGGGGACAAAGCGUGAGCAUCCAGAGUCAUUGGAAUCUCUUGGGGAGCCCCCUUAUAAACGUUUUAUACAGGCACUCAUUGAGGGGUCGUCGUCAUGCACAACCAAUACCUAUGUCAGUACAUCUCCGUAUGCCUUCACCAAGGUCACAGGACCUUACAGUCACUUUGCUUAAAAGACCCUCAAGAAAAAAAAAUGAAGGUGCUUUAUUUAUGAAAACAAGGACCACAUGCAGCACUGGUCUCAACAAACACUCCUAACCGGUUCAGGUCUUUUACCCUUUUGACAACUGAGCUUUACAACUGACCCUUCUAAGGAUGUAUUUAUUUUUGUUUUGCAACUUUUGCAGCUACACACUGUUAAACCAUCUGGUGCUCUCAAUCGUACAUGUACACCUAUUUUUUACUGGAAACAAAGGUAAAUCUUGGUGGCUUUAUUUUUCGUAAAACAAUUUUAAAGACUUAAACUUGGCAUGGAAUGCCAACUUUUCAACUGGCAACAUUCAAGGUGCUAAGUCUGUGUCUUUUUUGAUAUUCAAAAUGCCAUGAUACCAUACUUGAGACUAUAGAUGGCAUAAAACAGCAAAAAGAGGGGGAAAUAAUCUGUAAAAUCAUUAACCUCACAAUGGUUUAACGUAAGUGAGUGUGUUUUGAGCACUUCUUGAUGACAAUAAUUCAAUGUAUUGGUAUUAAGUGAUGAAAUUUACAUUAACUUUGAAUUUAAUGCAAUUUGUAAGUAUUUCUGAAAAGAAAGACUAAAUUAUAUCGUUUCAAAUCACUGCAAAAUUUUAAAUUCUAUUAUGCUGGUGCUUCUUUGGCCUACAUGACAUGUAUACUAUACGAGCCAUUCAAAUGGUGCAUUUUUUACAUUUUAAAAGGAGGAAAACGAGCCUAAGUUUUUGAGUUUUACUGUCAGCAAAUGUUCCUUUCAGCAGGUUCAUUGAACUACCCUGAAUUGUGAAAAUUGCAUGUAGUUUUAUGUCUGUGGUGCUUAGUUGAUGUGCUUUUUAUACACUGAGGAGCAUGAGACAGGGUAAGCUCGGUGUCAAUUUCAGAGGGCAGCUGGCUUGCUGUGGGUUCUUUAAUUAUUGUAAUCUAACUGUAAUAUAGACAGGUGAGAUGAGUACAGUAACUUAAACUCCCUUUUUGGAAUUACUGUUAUAAAUUGUGUUUGUUGUAUAGAAUGCUCAAAGCCGAAAACAUUGUAAAUCUUUGUGUUUCAAUGGAUUUGAUUUCACUGGGUGCUAUUCAACCUGUUAAAAACAUACAAUGUGAGACUCUUUAGGCAGUGAGAAGGCUAUUAAAAUAAUGUACAGUACCAACAUGUCAUAUACCUCAAAACCAGUUUGGGCAAUAGUAAAACAUAUCAUUCUUUGUUUAAAUAUUUUUUCCAAAUUGUUGGUUACAGUCUAACUGCAAGCCUCCAGGCGGAAAAGUUCAUUUCUUACUUUCUUACGUGCUUAGAAAGUAUUACUUGAACUUGAGUUUUUAAUGUUACUGUAAAAUCAGGGACAUUUAAAAAGAACGUAUUGCCUGCAUUCAUUUUGUCAUUCUCCUCAUUCAGGGACGUGCCAUUGCAUUUUGUGUCCCUAUACAACUUUUCUAAAAUAUGUCACACAAUUUAUUUUUUUGGGGGGGUUCAGCAUUUGAUUUUUAUUUUGUACCAUUUUUAGCUAGUAGGAUGGUGUUUUCUUAACUGAACACAAAGUAUAUGCACUGAUGUGACUAAAGGGAAAGUAUGCUAUUGAAUAAAUUAAGGGCAAUGUAUUUGCUUUUGUUAUGAGGCAAGACCAAGGCAGUGAUUAUCGUCUUUAUGCCUGUGUAUACUUCAAAUUAUUUAUAACCACUAAGCAAUUGUAUGAGUUUUCUCUUUAUUUUUAAUUAAUGUGAUAUAUAAUUGAAUGACUGUAACAUUAUUUGUAACAACUCACCCACUCUUCAUCAAAUUUGUUUUCUGAAAGCACUUCAUUUUUUUUCAGGAAAAAAUAUGUAUAUGUAAUAAAGUACAAAAUGUUUUAUUUAAACAGGGUGUAAAUGUGUUUCAAAAAUAACAAAAAAAUCCAAUAAUAUACAGUUCAUAGCAAGGUUUUAUAUUUCAGGACUAUCUUCUAGUCCAGUCCAACUGGCCCCCAACUUCUACAUCAGCAAUCAGAAUCAUAUCUUAAAUAUCAGUUUUGGCUCUUUUCAAUGUUAUCUAAGUGGACAUGGUCACAUUUUCCAGGAAGUCUUUGUAAAUAAUGCACUCACUGUCAAAGCAAUGUUUACUGUCAAAGGAUACUGUUAGCUCUAACAUUUGAAUUUAUAUUUAUAUUUUUUUUACUUUUGGUUUUGUAUAGUCCAUAAUAAUGAUGACUUCAUUGUACAGAGUCCAGCUACAGUAGCAGGUUGAGGGUGAGGUUAAAAAGAUACAAGAGGAGGGAGAAACAUAAAAGCAGAGCCAUACUUGAACAGACUUCUAAAUCUGCAUUACUUGAAUAACUUUCUGGAAAUAAUGAGUACUGCAUGUUCAAGUGAGCAGUUCAUACUGUACUAGGCAGGCAGACACUAAAGGUAAAAAAAAAAAAAAAAAGUCAAACUUUGUUUCUGUUUUUAUUUGUAAAGACUUCCCUUGGUCUCCUUAGGUCUGGUAUGCUCCAAAAACGAUUUAAGCAUAGUUAUUAAACUGUAAGUAUUGUAAUGUACUGAAUGCAGUUUAUUUGAAAGCUGUUAUUAUAUCAUUCCUGAUAUUGCCAAGAUGUGGGUGUUUUCUUUUUCAAUAAAUUUAUAUUUAUUUAAAGCAAUUUCACUUGUGUAAAAAUCAGUGCUCCCCAUGUUAUAAAAAUAUUCGUAGUGUUUGUGUUUGUGUAUGCUCUUUUAAUACAGUACUCUCAGCAAACAUGAUAAAUUCACAUCCAUUUCAUGUACAGUAUUUAUUUAGCCAAAUAUCCCAUUGCAUGCACAUUGUCUUUUACAAAGCAACGACAAUUUAAAUAGAAAACAAUUACCGCAAGGAAAAGGCCCAUUAUAUAUGUAAUUAUUCUUGAAAUCAGGGGGUGGGGAAACUUGAUCCUAUUAUUUAAAAAUAUGAUGCAACCGUUAAACAGGUUUAUUUAUUACAUAUUGGGUUAAAUCUUUUGGGGCUUUUUAUGUGUUUUUUUUUUUUUUUUUUUUAUCCGUCAGACAGAUCAGACAGAUCAAAUGCUCUUGAUGGACUGUUUACAAUGAAUGGAUGAUUGAAUCAAAAGCAAAUGGUACCCAAACAUAAUAAUGACGAGGGGUGCCUGAUAAAUAUCAGACCACUAAUUAUUGGGCCGAUAUGAGGAAUCAUGACAUCAUACCGAUGCAUCCGAUAACAUUAAAAAAUAGCUUCGAUAACCAAUAAUUUUUAAAACACUCCAAUGAUUCGAGAAAAAUAACAGAUAUAAAAAGUUACUGGUUAUCGGUAUAGGUCUUGAAAAGCAGAAAGUUAUCAGUAUCGGCUUGAGAAAAAAAAUAUCAAGCAUCCCUAAUGACAGAUUGGAUACACUUAUGCACACUUAAAAAAAAUAUCAACGCGUGCAUGAACGACAUAACAAUGGCUCACUAAUACAGAUUCAGACAGAUUUGUGAAUAACAGAGAGCAAUACGCUUUUUGUGUAACAAGUUUUGUAUACAAGUUCAUUAAAAAAACAAAAGUGUUGCAUUUAUAUUUUUGUUGAGUAUAUGUCAAUACAGUAAGUAAUACUGUAUCUGACUUUAUUGGAUGGCAAAAUUUCUAUACAGGUGACCAUAAAUCCUUACCAGACAAUAAUUCAGUCUGCUCAAAAAUAGAGUACCACAGAUAGGAUGAUCUGGUUUUAUUUUUGUCUGUGUCCAUGACGACUUUCCUCAAUAACUCAGACAAAGUGCCACUUGUCAACUGUAAAAAUAUAGAUGAACAUAAAGCGUUACAACCACAAAUCAAUGUGGGGAUGAGGAUGAGUCAAACAUGAUCUACUUACCUUCUGAAGGAACACUUUGACCGCAACCAAGUUCGGGGGUCUGAGGAC